UGAGCUAGCUUUAGCUUCCUUAGCUUAGAAACGUGUCAGUCGUGUUCGUAAAACAUGUCUAAAUGUUUAAAUAUAACGAACCUUCACGUUUCGACUUCGGUUCGGGGUUUGGAACGGACUGAAGGUCUUGGUCCAUCUCUCUUUUUUUAACCAGAUGCUCCCUUUUUCUGCAGUUCAGCUUCGUCGCGUUCUCUUUUUUAACAUCCGUAAGAGAUUUUCAAAUUAAAUUCUAUGCAGCGCACAGCGGUUGAAGAAAGCGGAAACAAGUUCGAGGCGCGCCGUCGUAAGACUUUAUUUUGAAAUCUUUCCCGGAUGUCCUGUGUAGAUUGUUAUGGUUUGGGGCUAUAACAAUAGUGGUACUUUACAAGUGGCUACGGUUCAGCUUUCGUCGUUUAACUGUGUAGAAAAAUGUCCACAUUUGAGACUUUGAAGCUUUUCGUCAGCCAGCGUCUGAACGCGGCCGUCGAAGAGAUUUUUGAACAUUUUGAAAGAACAAUCGUUGAGUAUGAAGAGGAGGUGGAGCGCCGUCAUCAGAAGCUGCUGGGUGUUCCUGUAAGAGCCGAAAUGAAGCCGCCGCACGAAGACGUCCAGCAGUUGCUGCUGAAGACAGAAGACCCCUCCUUCUCCUUCAGAGUGGAGCAGCAGGAGCCACAGCCCCCCCACAUGAAAAUGGAAGAGGAGGAACUUGACAUCAGCAAAUUCCAUGUGAAGAGCGAAGAAGAUGAUGAAGCGCAAGUUGACUGGUCACAGCCUCAUCACGACUGCAGCGAGGAGAACCGAGAGAACGAGGCGAGUCAUCACAAAGCAGACUACGUCAUGGGUCCACCGGCUCGGGCUGAUGGGGACUGGUCCAGUGGGACGGGUCAAGGUUUGACAGAUGCGCACCCGCACAUCAAACCUUUCACGUGCUCGCUUUGCGGCAAAACCUUCAGCCGCAAGUCGUACCUGACAAAGCACCUCAAAGUUCACAGCGGGGAGAAACUGUUCUCUUGCUCACUGUGCGACAAAAGGUUCAAGGAGCACAGAGAACUGGUCUCACACUUUCGGGUCCACACUGGAGAGAAACCUUUCCGUUGCGCAGUUUGUCAUAAGUGCUUCCGAUACAGCGGACAUGUCAGUCGCCACAUGAGACUCCACACGGCCGGCAAGCUGUGAGCGUUUGGACUCACCUGACUUGUUUUGUCAUCGUUCUUGGUGCCUCUCCAGUGAAUUGCUUCUCAUUUUAGCUGUAAACGUGUCACAGGAUCCGCUGCACUCAGGAGCACUUAAAACACAUGGGGGUUGUUUUGCAUUACCGCAUGCUUAAAAGUCUUGCCGUGUGUGUAAUGACAGAUCACCUGAAAAAACACAAUUUAGUUAAACAAGUUUUUUACUGACUAAGACACCCGGGAUGUACAUGAACAAAGGAUUUGGGAACGCUAAAACAUGGAAUGUCAAGAGUAUGUGAAAGUCCCUUCUUGGCUGCUUCACACAGCACAGUGAAACACGAACGCAGAAAACAAAGAACACCCAAAUGUGCAAUCCAAAAAUCCCUUUUCAGCAGAAAUGAGUCACAGAAAGUCUGUUCCUGUGUCCCCCCCGCCACAUUGGCUGCCGCUGCCUGCUCUGUGCACAGUUUGCUGAGUGAGACAAACAAAGUUUGAGUAAGCAAUUUAUUGCAAACAAGCUUUAAAGUGAAAUGUGUCCAAAUAUUGGUAAAAAUGUGAUUUAGUGUCACAGUGUCAUCAUCUCUGGAUGGCAAAGGCAAAAAAGCUUUCUCUCUUUGAAGGCACUGGGACUGUUGAGCUGCAUAAGCAAGGCCUCUCUCUCGCAGCGCGCCGUUGCUGCUGAGGUUGGACGCGGUAAGACAGUCAUUUCAAACUUCUGAAAAACAUCCUGGGGCUCAUGGAACACAAAAUGUCAAGCGGUGGACCUGAAAAAAUGGGACCGGCCCUGAGCCGGAGGAUCCAUUAAGACACGGGGCGAUCCUCAACCCAAACGAAGGUCGCUACUCGUGUCGAUUGCAGUCUGAUAACCAUCAAGACACGCCGAUGAGAAGUGUGUGUGAUGGAUGAUGGCAACCUUGGACCUCUAUGGAAGCAACCUGAUGCUGACAGCAGAGAUCACCAGGAGACAACUUCCAUCCUACAAACAAUUACAUAGAUUUUCCCUAACACUUGUGUCAUGUCAUGUGAUCCCAAAUAAAGUCCUUAAACUUCGUCAAUUGACACGUUUUGUUCUUCUGUGACCUAAUUUAUAGUCUAACUGUGGAAAA